GGCGCGGGGCUGCAGAGGCUGCGCGGGCUCUGCCGGCUACGCCAGGGGGUCUGCGGCCGUGCGUAGCCGAGCCGGCGUGCCCACGCACGGGGGCUUGACGAAGAAGCCGCAGCCGCGCGCAAAAAAAGCGCUCCCGUGACCGUUAGCCUUUCGGUUUCCACGCGAGACGCCGGAAGGAGCAUAAGAAGACGGGGAACGGACCCCUCUCUCACGAUGGGGGAACAGGCGACUCAAGGCUUCAGUGUGUGCUGUAAAUCGUCGUGGAAUCAGCUGCAGGAUCUGUGCCGGCUAGCCAAGCUUUCCUGUCCUGCCCUUGGCAUUUCUAAGAGGAACCUCUAUGACUUUGAAGUGGAAUACCUUUGUGAUUAUAAGAAGAUCCGUGAGCAGGAGUAUUACCUGGUUAAGUGGCGUGGAUACCCUGACUCAGAGAGCACCUGGGAACCAAGGCAGAAUCUUAAAUGUGUGCGCAUUCUUAAGCAGUUCCACAAGGACUUAGAAAAGGAACUGCUCCGGAGGCACCGCAGGUCAAAGCCACCACGAUAUCUGGACCCAAACUUGGCCAGCUACCUAGUACAGAAGGCCAAGCAGAGGCGAGCACUUCAGUACUGGGAGCGAGAGCUCAAUACCAAGCGCAAUCACCUGGGACGCAUCACUGUAGAAAAUGAGGUGGACCUGGAUGGCCCUCCACGGGCUUUUGUAUAUAUCAACGAGUACCGUGUUGGUGAGGGCAUCACCCUCAACCAAGUCGCUGUUGGUUGUGAGUGUCAGGACUGUCUGUUGGCACCCACCGGAGGCUGCUGCCCUGGAGCAUCCCUGCACAAGUUUGCCUACAAUGACAAAGGCCAAGUGCGACUGAGAGCUGGGCAGCCCAUCUAUGAGUGCAACUCCCGCUGUCGCUGUGGCCAUGACUGCCCCAACCGUGUAGUCCAGAAAGGCAUCCGCUAUGACCUCUGCAUCUUCCGCACAGAUGAUGGGCGUGGCUGGGGUGUCCGCACACUGGAAAAGAUCCGAAAAAAUAGCUUUGUUAUGGAGUAUGUGGGAGAGAUUAUUACCUCAGAGGAGGCAGAGCGGCGGGGCCAGAUCUACGACCGCCAGGGCGCCACCUACCUCUUUGACCUGGACUACGUGGAAGACGUAUAUACUGUGGAUGCCGCCUAUUAUGGCAACAUCUCCCACUUUGUCAACCAUAGUUGUGAUCCCAACCUGCAGGUGUACAACGUGUUCAUAGACAACCUUGAUGAGCGCCUACCCCGCAUCGCUUUCUUUGCCACAAGAACCAUCUGGGCAGGCGAGGAGCUCACCUUUGAUUACAACAUGCAAGUAGACCCCGUCGACAUGGAGAGUACCCGCAUGGACUCCAACUUUGGCCUGGCUGGGCUUCCCAGCUCCCCAAAGAAACGGGUCCGUAUUGAAUGCAAAUGUGGGACAGCUGCCUGCCGAAAAUACCUCUUCUAGCCCUGAGAAGUCUUGAGGCCAGGCUCACCGAAGGGGCCUGAAGCCACCUGCCUCUCUGCUACUGCUGCCCUCUUGUCGAGAAUGACCGUCAGAGCCUUGCUUGCCUCCACCUGCCCCCACCUGGUCCACUUGCUCCAGGGUCAGGGCUAAAGUGACAGUACCCUUUCUGUGUUCUUUUCCCCUGUCUCAGCCCCAUUAGGGGUUGCACUUACAGCCCCCAUUUCCGUUUUCAGAAAUUUUUCACGUUAGGAUUUUCUGGAAUUGGGAUUCAUGUCACAUAGAGGUCCAAAGAGUGAGCAACUCGGCCCUUGAACAGAAAGAUUUUUUUUUGAUAGCAUCUCUAUAGCUCAGGCUAGUGUUGAACUCUCAGUCCUCCUGCCUCAGUGUGUACACCCAGUUAAGAUGUUUUGUUUUGUUUUUGUAUCUGCUUCUGCUUGGAGCCUAUGUGGUCUAUUAAAGUCUUCCUCACUGCUCCAAGGAUAUGAGGAAGCAACCCCCAGACAGACUUCAGACAGCUACCAGCCCAGCAUAAAGCUGGAUCUGUACUCACAGAGCCUUUAUACUUGUGAAAGAAAAAGUCUCCUGAACUGGGGGGCUAAGGGUUAUGCUGCCUAGUAUUGACCUUAAGACCCAUAGUGUGUUUCGGAGUUGCUCAUCUGAGAAGUAGAUGUCCAAGUGCCACUGGAAUGGGGAUGGACUGGAUGUCCGUGGCCUACUGGCCAGCCCCUGCCAGCCCCACAGGAAAGUUAGGGCAGAGUUUUGUCAUUGGGAAGAAAAGAAUGUCCCAGGCUUUCUGGAGUGCUGGGUGUGCUAGAAGCACUGCCUUGGGGUGUGAUGACUGCCAGAACUAUGGAAGCUGGAACCAAGACCUAGAUAGCCUAUAGAUAGCACUUAGGACAGUAACAGUAAUGUGUGUUGAUUAGAGCUGAAGAGGUGCCAGGCACUGGGUAGAGCACCUGGUCCAUAUGGAUUGUCUCAGGGAAGCUUUAAAAACCACAGAGGUGGAGCCCAGGAAAAAGCCCAUGUAGCAGAAGGCAACAUACA